AAUCAUUUUCCAUGGAAGUGGUAAUGUCAAAAUUCUUUGUCAAGAAAAGUUGAUUCAACAGCUGUUUUAAUGUAAUUUUUAUUUCUAAUUAUUUUAAUAAUUAGAGACACUAAUUGUAGAGUUUGUGAUCUUAUUUAGGUCAUGAUAGUUUUCAUUAGUUAUAGCGUCAUUUUAGAAAAUGAAACAAAGGACGCGCCUAAUGAAUGGCGGGGAUGACUUGAUUAACUAUAAUUUGACCAAGAAAACCGACGGAGACAUAAGCGGUGAAAUUCCACUGCACAAAAUGCGGCCACAGGAACAUUUCAUUGAGGCUCAAGUACAGGAAGGCGACACAUUGCAAGCGAUUGCGUUAAGAUUCUACUGUUCUAUUUCAGAACUGAAGAGAAUUAACCACAUACACAAAGACAAUGAAAUCUUUGCUAGACGUAUUAUCAAAGUCCCUGUGACACCUUACUCGGUGCUCACAGAACUUAUGCCAUCAUCACAACAAAACCCUGUACCUAGCACCUCAACAUACACCCUGACAUCAGCAACCCCAGUUGCACAGGAACCUGUGAAUAAUACUCAUAAAGCAGUUCAGUCUUCCCAAAACAAUAACACAGAAGUGAAGAAUGAUUAUGCCAUUGAUUGCAAUGAGGUUGUGUUGAACAGUACUCUAGCACCGUCUCUAGUCCCCUACACAGAUGUUGACCCAAGCGAGGCAAUGUCGGAGGACACGCAGCUCUUGCCACCGAAGCAGAGGGAGCCAGUAGAAAGUGUUGUGGUCAAGGAACUCACCUCCCAUGGUGCUGAUUUUGGACUGAAAUGGUUUCACUUAGUUGGUUGCAUGCUUGUUCUUGGUGUUGUGAUACCUCUUAUAUAUGUAAUGUUCUACUUGGACAAGACACAUGAGCAUGAUUAUCCACCUCUGCAUACGACUCGAUGACCAAAUAAUACUUGAUCUGAUUAAAAGCUUUAAGCAUGAAUAUUUUCUAAAUGAUUUUUUAUGUAUGUAUAUCAUAUUAAGGGGACUCAAUGUGAUUUAUAAAAUAAAUUUAUUAUCGUAAGUAA